AUCCUCUUUAAGUUCGCCCGCCCUCUGUCGAGUAUUUCAUUCACAGCUCAGAACCGUCCUUGGUGGUACAAUCACUACUGGACGUCCUAACCGCAGAAAACUAGGAAGAAGCGUCAAAAUGGUGAAGAUAUCUUUUCAGCAAGUAACUGCACAGAAGCCGGAAAAGGAGAACGAUGGAGACAAAGAGGAAAUUCACAUGCCGUACUCUCACCAGGAUGAGUUGGUGCUCCCGGUUAGAUCUAAGAAGUCUUCCUUUAGUGGCCUUUGGUGCGUCGUGCCUGGCUUGGUGAUCUUCCUGUCAGGCUUGAUCCUGGCAUCUGUAUGCCUGUACCGCUACUACUUCAGCCCCCAGAUCCCAGAGGACAGUUUGUUCCACUGUCGGGUGAUGUACGAGGACCCCCUGUUCGCCCCAUUACUCGGAAGGCAGGAGCUAGAGGAGAACGUCGGUAUCUACCUGGAUGACAACUAUGAGCAGAUCAGCGUGCCUGUGCCAGACUUUGGAAGCAGUGACCCAGCUGACAUCAUUCACGACUUUCACAGGGGACUCACAGCUUACUACGACAUUGCGUUGGAUAAGUGUUACGUUAUUGAGCUCAACACGACAAUCGUCAUGCCGCCCAGGAGCCUGUGGGAGCUGCUUGUCAAUGUCAAGCGGGGGAUGUAUUUGCCCCAGACCUACAUCAUUCAGGAAGAGAUGGUGGUGACGGGGCGCGUUAGGAACAUGCGUCAGCUGGGACCCUUCAUCCACCGGCUCUGUUAUGGAAAAGAAACCUACAGACUGAGACGCCGUAGCAGCCAAAAACGCAUCGAGAAGAGAGAGACCAGAAACUGCCACAGCAUCCGGCACUUCGAGAACACGUUUGUCGUAGAGACGAAGAUUUGCGACAGACUCCUGCUGUAGUUUCCUUCCCUUCUCAACUCUACUGAGCAAAACCCAAAACUGACCC